CGGUGGGAAUGUAAAUUGGCGUAGACACUAUGGAAAAGAGCAUGGAGAUUCCUCAAGAAAUUAAAAAGAAAAAAGAAAAGAAAUCUGAAUAAUGAAGUUUAAUUUUCACAUAUCUAUUUUUAUCUGAGAAAGGUUUGCUUUUUGAUAAGAAAAUGAUAGCCCACAAUUUCUAUUACUUACAUUUAUUAGUGUGACAUCACACAUUUUCACUCUAAUGUUCUUUGAAGUAUAUUUUAAAAAGAAGCUGUCUUGAGUAAGGAAAAACAAAGGGAGAAAGAAUAGAGAGAAAUGUGAUAAGUGAUAUUCAAACAUUUUCUGCUGGGCCUUAAGCUGCCAUUUAUUCCUGUCCACUGCUUCUCCCUACUGUCAAAUAAUAAAACAAAGACUAUCUGGUUUUUGGUUUUUUUUUAAUGCUGAGUUAAAUGCCAGGCAAAGUAGACUCAUCGGACAAGAAAUUCACUGAGUAAUUUCCUGAGGAGGAAAAGCAGACAUUUUUAAGUACUUAGAAGUGAAGGGACAUGGUUCCCAAUGGCUGUGGUAGUUAAGAAUUGAAUACUAGCUGUCCAUGUAGCACAGAUGAGUCCAUAUGUCUGUACACAACUGGUUAAAACAAGUUCCAGUGAUCAUAGACAGGAAAGACUCUUCAGUUAGAUUCAGGUCAAGGUACUUAACAUUCGUGAUUCUUUAAGAGCAUUAGUGCCAGAAGAGCGGAGGUGAAACAAACAUUGUUUUGAUUCUCUCUUGGGCAAGUGCUGCUGUAAAUUAAAAUUUUUCCUUUAUACCACCCACCCUCCCUGCAGGAAUUCCCUUGAUAACACAGAAAAAGGUGGUUAUCCAAAUUCUUUUUCUUGCUUUUCUGGAAAGCAGAACAGUGACAAAGAAAAAAGUAUUCUUCUAUUCAAGUCAGCAGAACCAGCUUAAGGACACAUCUAGGAUGUUUUUAUUUCUGGGGGAAUGUACUGCUACUGUAUUUUCCAGAACCUUUGAGAAUUAACAUAUUCUUCUCCAGAGUGGCCAUCAGCCUUCUCCGCAUCUAUCCUGAUGUGUACAUUGGAUUGCGACACCGACAUGUGGUGACCCUGACGUGAUCCAAGAUCGGCGGCAUUAUUGGUGAGUAACGAUAUUGGGGAAUUUCAACUGCCUUUCGGCGGUCCGCCGUGAGAAUGAUGGGCCAACAAUUGAGGACCCAGCAGAAAUUAUACUUUAAGACACUUCAGCGGCUGCUGAAGGUGAUUUCAGUUUCGGUUUCUCCCGCCGAGUUACAGAAGCUGUUGCUAGCAAUAUCUACACAUUGCCCCUGGUUCCCUGAGGAUGGUACCUUGGACAUUGAGCUAUGGGAAAGGGCUCGCAAGGCACUAAAGUCUCGCUUUGAGCAUGGCCUUUUAAAGUAUGUACAUACCUUAACGACUUGGGGAACAGUACGUACUGCGCUGUUCCCUUUGUUGGAUCUAUCGGAUGAGGAAAAAUCGGCCUCUUCACCUGAGCGCCCUUCAGGCAAAGCUGAGGAGGCGCCGACACUGCCUCCUCCGCCUUGCUCGCCACCAAGAGACUCUUUUAAAAGGGCCGUUAGUAAAUCUCAGACAAAUUUUGAACAAACGUCCUCAGACAAUGACGCUUUACCAUUCCCCCCUCCUUUAGAGAGGCGUUUCGCCUUCAAGAACCCUCCUGUCUUGCCUACUGCUCCUCCUUGUACUCCACCCGCCCCGUAUGUUGAUUCCAGGCAGUAUAGUGUGGUUCAUAAUUGCCUUCGGGAAGGAUUAAACAGUGGAGAUCCUGAUGUUUUCCCCUGUGCCUUCCCCGUAAUGGUCAAUCGUGGGCGAAGAGAACUUCCUUUUUGGGUGUUUAAGGAGCUGAAAAAGAGCAUUAGAGAGAAUGCAGGGCAGUCACCUUUCACUGUUGGGAUGACAGAGGCACUGGGAGCUGGUUAUAGUAUGCUACCCUGUGAUUGGCUUUUGCUCGCAAAGACUCUUUUGUCGCAUGCUGAAUAUACUCUUUUCAGGUCUGAGUAUAAUGAAAUAUCUGUAUCCCAAUCUAUGGAUAAUCUGUCUUUAAACCCCCUCUCCCAAUCAGUGCCGACAUGUUACGGGGUGGGGGUCGGCCAAUAUGCGACGCCUCAAGCACAGGGUGAGGCAAAUGGAAUGUUUCAUAGACAAUGUUCAGAGGUGGCAUUAGCAGCCUGGAAGGCAAUUCCCCCUUCAGGGGCAGACAGAGCCACCAAUUCCUUUGUGAAUGUCCGACAAGGGCCAAACGAGCCAUACAUAGAAUUUAUUGACCGUCUCCAGCAGGCAAUUGAGAGACAAAUAGCUCAUCCUGAAGCAGCUCAAAUUAUCCUGUUGAAAAUAGCCUUUGAAAAUGCUAAUGCUGAUUGCCAGUCUGCUAUGUCUCACCUUAAAGGGAGAAUUCAUACUUUAGGGGAUAUGCUGCGAGCCUGUCAGGAAGUAGGAACUCAGUCAUGUGGCCAAAGUAAUGGCGGCAGAGUUUUCGCAGCUGCCCAAAGGUGCUUUUUGAUAAUGCCUGGUUUAAGUGUGGCAUAACAAUGGACACCGUGCAAAACAAUGCAAGUCCGGUCCAAAAGAUAUCCCUGGUAAAGGAGGGCCAGCCGAUAUUAAAACGCCGCCUUCUAAACCAUGUCUUUGGUGUUGAAGGGGAUUCUAUUAGGUGAAUCAAUGUUGCUCUAAAAUUAACGUAGAUGGUAAUCUAAUCAACCGUGACUUGGCGUCGGGAAACUCGAAAUGGGGCACACUCCCCACAGCCCCGAAAAACCAAGUUUGGGGAGCUCUCAAUCAGCAGGCCGACUCUAUGUGAAUGAUUUCGUGGCGGCCUCCUCAGGAAGUGCCGGAGUGGAUCUCAUGGCCUCAGAGACAGUUGUCAUAGAUUGUGCUGACAAAACCUUUCUUGUUCCUACCAAUGUAUGGGGACCUUUACAAUCAGGAUAUUUUGGGUUAUUAAUGGGACGCUCUAGCUCAGCUUUGAAGGGCUUAAACAUCAUUCCCGGGGUAAUUGAUGAUGACUAUCAAGGUGAAAUAAAAAUCGUGGUCCGUUCAUCUAGUUAUUAUGUGAUAGAAGCUUUGACGAGGAUAGCUCAGUUAAUAUUAAUACCUUACUUGUCCCCUGCUCACGCCUCCGCUGCCAAGAGGGGUGCCAGUGGCUUCGGCCACACUGGCGAUGGUGCUUUUUGGAUACUGUUAUUAACAUUAAAUCAGCCCAUUCUUACAGUAUACAUACAGGAGAUUCCCUGUGAAGGGCUCCUGGAUACUGGGACCAAUAAAACCAUUAGAGCCUUGCCCACUUGGCCUCCCCAUUGGCCUAAAAUCAAAACUCUGCAUCUGUACAAGAUGUAGGGGGGCUUAUGAUGCUUGAGGGAAGUGAUCUCGUACUCAAAGUCAGAGGACCCGAAAACAGAAUUGCCUUACUUACACCCUACAUUCUUCCAACUCCAUACUCCCUAUGGAGGUGAGAUUUGCUUUCUCAAUGGAAAUUAUCUCUAAACUUUAAGCCUUUUUCCUAGGGGCCGCUGAUGUUAUUAACAUUCCUCCCAUACCUAUUCAAUGGAAAACAACUACGCCUGUAUGGAUAGAUCAAUGGCCCCUUCCAAAAGAAAAAUUACAGGCUUUAAAGAUGCUAGUAGAGGUACAACUAAAAUUAGGCCAUAUUGAACCCUCAACUAGUCCCUGGAACACUCCAGUAUUUGUGAUAAAAAAGAAAUCUGGAAAAUGGAGAUUACUCCAGGACUUGAGGGCAAUUAAUGCUGUCAUGCAACCUAUGGCGGCUUUACAGAAGGGAUUGCCAAACCCUUCUUUAAUACCUGAGAAUUGGCAAAUUGUUGUUAUUGACAUUAGAGACUGUUUCUUUUCUCUACCUUUGUGCGCUGCUGAGAGGGAAAAGUUUGCAUUCACUGUCCCAGUUUAUAACAAUCAAGAGGUCCCUCAGAGAUAUCAGUGGAAGGUCUUGCCUCAGGGCAUGAAAAGCAGUCCUACCUGUCGACGAAAAUAAUCCAUAACCAAUCUAUAAAUGAAAAUUUGGGUGAGUUUAUUCUGAGCUUAAAUUUUAGGAUUAUAACCCGGAAGAGUCUUUCCACACAGUAACAGACCACUAAGAAGUGGGAGUACACAGGGUGGUUAUAUACCCUCAAAGAGGGUGUUUCACAUAUGAUUGAAAUGUCCCUCCCACAAUAGUCACAAGAUUGCCCUGUCGGCACAGCACUUGAUGGACACAGCAG